AUGGGCCUGACAAACCGGAGGAACCCAGCCCGUGUUCAGAUGGCUGAUCUGGAACUGAUUUACUUUGAUCAGCCCGAUCCCAGAGGCUCCUCCCCGGGCGGGAAUAAGCAGAGUGUGGCGGAGAUCCGCGGCGGAGGGAAGUCACCUCACCCCGGGGGAAGAGAGGGUUCAGCACCAUGGACAGAGACCCGGAGAGGGGGCGCGCGGCCGGAGCAGGAAACAGAAACCUCCUUCACCUGCAGCCACCGAGGUGAUGAAGGUGAUGAUGAUGAUGAUGAUAAUGAAGAUGAUGAUGUCCGGCUGAUAGGGACCAGUCCGCAGACCUGCACACUGAUCCGGAGCUCCUCAAGGGAGGAGGAGGGGGAGGAGGACAUCCCGGAACUUUACUUGCUGUCCGACGACGACCUCUCCUCUGACGGCCCGGGGAAGUCGGUGGACUACGGCUUCAUCAUCGCAGUCACUUGCCUGGUGACCGGCAUCUCUCUGGUCGCCAUAUCCUACACGGUCCCCAGGGACGUGCGCGUGAACCCGGACAGCGUGUCUGCGCGGGAGAUGGAGCGGCUGGAGCGGGAGAAAGCCAGAGUCGGGGCCCACCUGGACCGGUGUGUGAUCGCGGGACUGUGCCUGCUCACCCUGGGGGGCGUGCUGCUCUCCACCCUGCUCAUGAUCUCCAUGUGGAAGGGGGAGAUGAUGAGGAGGAGGGCGUUUGCUUAUUCCAAACACGCAGCCAAGUUGUACGGCUCCAUCAGCCUGAGAGCGGGAUCCAGCCCGACGCGGGAAUCCUGCUCACACGUGUCAGCGGCUGAUGAGGAUUUAGAGGUGCUCAGCUGA